UUUGUUAAAACAAAGAUGCCUGCCUGUAUCUGUUUUAUCUAGAAAUGGUAUGAAUAGUAAAAGUAAAAUACUAUUUCUAAUUAAAAAAAAAUUUACAUUUUGUAUGUCUUAAUAAAUAUUGAUAUUUUAAAUGUCAAUAACAAAAGAGAAGUAAUAAAAAGGAGAUAAUUUUCAAUUUAUCGAAAUAUGAUUUCAUGUAAUAAAGAUACUCUCGAUUGCAUGUGUACGCUUUAUGUAAAGUGUCUGCAAUGGUGCAUCGGUUUGAUAAUGGUAAAAAUAAUGUUUACAUGAAUGAUAUAAUUAGACACACAUGUAUAUCUAUAAUACAGUGAAUAGAAUGGGAAAACAAAACGGAUCUUGUUGGUGGUUUGUGAAAGCCGUAAAAUGGAUACCAGUUAUUUUCAUUUUGACAAUUGUCUUAUGGUCCUAUUAUGCUUAUGUAGUGCAGUUAUGUUUUUAUACUGUAGAUAAUUAUGUUCAAAAAGCUUUUUAUUUAUUUUUUUAUCAUAUCCUGUUUCUAUUAUUUUUAUGGUCUUAUUGGCAGACUGUAUUUACAGAUUUAAUAGAAGUACCAUACAAGUUUAAAAUUCCAGAUGUAGAAAUGGAAAAAUUUCAACAAGCUGAAACGGAAGAAGCACAAAGACAAAUCUUAGAAAGAUUUGCACAAGGUCUUCCAGUCACAAAUCGCACUAUAAAAGGAGUAAUUCGUUUUUGUGAGAAAUGUCAAUUAAUUAAACCAGAUCGAGCACACCAUUGUAGUGUAUGUAGUACAUGUGUUUUAAAAAUGGAUCAUCAUUGUCCAUGGGUGAAUAAUUGUAUAGGAUUUCACAAUUAUAAAUUCUUCAUGUUGUUUUUGGCAUAUGCUCUUCUUUAUUGUAUAUUUAUUACUGCUACAUCUUUACAAUAUCUUAUACGUUUUUGGAAAGGGGAAUUAGAUGGAAUGGGUAGAUUUCAUCUACUUUUCUUAUUCUUUGUUGCAUUGAUGUUUGCAGUUAGUUUAAAUUCUCUUUUUUUUUAUCAUUGCUAUCUUGUUUUACAUAAUAGGUCUACAUUAGAAGCAUUUACACCACCUAUGUUCCGUACAGGAAAGGAUAAAGAUGGUUUUAGUCUUGGAAAGUAUAAUAAUUUCCAAGAAGUAUUUGGUGAUAAUCCUAAAUUAUGGUUCCUUCCUAUUUUUACUAGUCUUGGAAAUGGUGUCACCUAUCCAGUACGUGCGCAACAUCAAGGCACAUCGAAUACUUAUGACUCCAUGGGCAGUACCCGAAACAGUUUUGGCGAUGGGAUAAACUUCCUGAACGGCUGUGCAAUGAAGAUACACAUACUUUGUUGGGACAUACUACCCAACAAUGGGGUGAUGAGACUGAACUUGACUCUCCACCUCCUUAUGGGUCACAAUCAGCACUACUGUGAUAGGCCAUGCAAUGGAUGCCAAUCAACCAUUGGUGAAUACAACUGAAAUUGUUUGAAAUAACAUUUUAAAAUUUAUUUAUUUUUAUUAUAACAAAUAUUUUUUGAGAAUAAUAGAAUUUGAUUU